AGUUUUUUGGGGUUCCUCCAUUCGGACGCCGCGGCUGCGAUGCGGGGGUCCAGGGACCACGCGGCCUGAGUCACUCACCAGAGUCACUCACCAGAGUCACUCACCAGAGUCACUCACCAGAGUCACUCACCAGAGUCACUCACUCGCUGAGGUCUCACCCGAGUCCCUCACCCGAGGGUGUACACAGGCAGGCGGAGCUGGGUGCACGGCUCGCUAUCAACAUCUGGGUUCGGCUUUGUCGGGACCCCGAGUCGGUGGGAGGACGCGAAGGGGACGAGGAAGAGGAGGAGAAGGCGUGAAGAGGAGCAGAGGAGGAGAAGGAGGAGGGUUAGAAGAGGAGAAAGAGGUGACGGGAGGAGGGAGACCGACACACGAGGAUAUGGAGUGCAAGGAGGGAGGAGAAUGAGAAGAGGAGGCAACGUCUACACCACGAUAACGACGACGACGACGAGGAGGAGGAGGACUUGAGAGUAGCGAGGAGGAGCAGGAGGCAGGGUCGAGGAUGGGCGACUCGCCCGGUGGCCAUGCCGUCUCCCUGCCCCCGCCGCCGCUGGAGCCGCCCGGCCACCCCAACGCCACCUCGGUGGCGGCGUGCGGCCCGGCGGGGCCGCUGGAGCCGGGCCGCUCCCUCGGCACGUCGCUCGCCUUCAUGCUGCUCGGCACCAGCAGCAACCUGGCGGCGCUGCUCGUGGUGGGGCGCCUCUACCGACGCUUCCGCUCGCGCUCGCGCGCCUCCUUCCUGGUGUUCGCCGGCGGGCUGGUGUUCACCGACAUGAGCGGGCAGGUCAUCACCGGCGCGCUGGCGGCGCGGGCCUACGGCGCGGGCCUCCGCUGGGAGGAGAUCGACGACGGCGCCGGCUCGCUGUGCCGCUUCUUCGGCACGUGCAUGGUGUUCUUCGGCCUGGCGCCGCUCGCCCUCGGCACGGCGAUGGCGGCCGAGCGCUGCGUGGGCGUCUCCCUGCCGCUGCGCUUCGCCGCCCGCGUGACGGCGCGCGGGGCCCGCCGGGCCGUGCUGGCCGCGUGGGCCGCCGUGCUGGCGCUCGCGGCGCUGCCCGCCCUCGGCGCCGGGGCCUACGUGCGCCACUUCCCCGGCUCGUGGUGCUUCGUGGACAUGCGCGGCCAGGCCGGCGGCGGCGGGUGGCUGGCACUGGCGUCCGCGCUGCUCUUCUCGACCGUGGGCCUGGCCUGCCUGGCCGCGUCCCUCGUGUGCAACACCAUCACCGUGGUGAACCUGGCCAGGGCCCGCCGGAGGCUGUGGUGCGGGGAGCGGCGCUCGUCCGUCACGUCGGCGCGGAGGCCGCACGACGUGGAGAUGGCGGUGCAGCUGGUGGCCAUCAUGCUCGUCGCCACCGUGUGCUGGAGCCCCUUCCUGGCGCGUGCUCGCACAGCCACGCUCGCCCACGCUCACGGCGACAAUCACCACGACCGUGUGCAGGUGACUGUCGCCAUGAUGGCAUGGCGCUACUUCUGGGAGCCGGAGCCGGCACCGGACUGCGUCUUCCUUCGCAGCGCCGACAAGGAGCGGUUCCUCCUGCUGCUCAGAUUUGCCUGCAGUAAUCAGGUGCUCGACCCCUGGGUGUACAUCCUGCUCCGGCGCGCUGUCCUCCGGGCCCUGUGCGGCCUCCUGGGCCGCCGCCUGCCAUCGCCCCACAAGAUGGGCUCGCUGCUCUCCAGCCUGCGCCGCAGCCUCUCGACGGACCCCACCCGUGGACCCUCCACCCGGAGCCCACGCAGCCCCCCAAGGGGGGCUGAUUGCCCCACCUCAGAGAAUCUGUGGGGUUAUGGAGGCCCCGGGCCAAGGCAUCGCGCCACCACGGCGAUGGUCGUCAACCCUGAGCUGCUGGAAGGGGACGAGGAGGAGGUGGAGGAGGUGGAGGGGGAGAAGGAGGAGGAAGGAACCAUUGAGCCUCCUCAGCCAGGAUCUCCUGGGGUCCGUGGGAUGGGGGGCCCCGGACAGGAGGAACUGGGGGCCCAUGCAGGGGCCCACCCCGGGCAGGGGUCGCCAGCGCAGGGGACGCCGGGUGCAACGCCGGGCACCUGCAGGGACGAGGAAGCCGUGGGCCGGGGGUCACGGUAAAGGAGGGAGACGGGACGAUGGUGGAGAGGCGACGGUGAGGGAGGUCGCGGUGGGGAGGUCACGGUGAAGAGAGUCACGGUGAGAAAGCGCCACUGUGUGGCAAGGUCAAGGUGAAAAAGGUCACGGCGAAGAGGUCACAGCCUCCGGGAGAGGAACUGUUGUCGUCGUUGGACGUAGAGUGGAGGCACCCAGGAGAUGGGAGCACGGCGCGGAGAGGGCCUGAGAGGGCCUGAGAGAGCCUGAGAGAGGACCUGAGAGGGCCUGAGAAGACCUGAGAGAGGACCUGAGAAAACCUGAGAGGGCCUGAGAGAGCCUGAGAGGGCCUGAGAGAGCC